UCCAGAAGUAUAAUGUGGUCACUCGGAAAAUUGUCAAUAUUAUGUAUUUCGAUGUUAGUUUCCAAAAUUAUUCUCCAAAAUUAAAAUGUUUAAAAAGCUGCUUCCCAUUUUGUGCCUGUAUGGUGGCCGCAGAACUUACUCUAUGUGCUGCAGAGUCUGCUCUAUACCCACAACCAAUAAAACUCUCACUGGACACUUGUUGAAGGCUCCAAACUUUGGUUUACAGGGAAGAGGUUUUGGAACGCACAUCGUUAUUCGGCAUAGCAAUGACCGAUUCUACAUCGACAUUGGGGACCAGCGAGCUGAGUUAGUGUACUACAUUAGCGAAGGCGUUAUGACCAUCAAGAGCACCCAGGUUCCGAAGGAGUUGGGAGGACACGGCAUUGGAAAGCUGUUGGCGAAGGCGGCCCUGGACUAUGCCCUGCUAAAUGGCCACUUCAUCGUUAUCAAGUGCAGAUUUGUCCAGCACUAUAUUGACAAAUAUGAGCCACAAUACGCUAAGUAUAUUCUAAAUUAGGAAAUCACAUAUUUCGAACUUGUUGAAGCAGGGUAAAAAGAAAUCAAAUAAAAGGCCAACUUAUGCAGAGUGCUGAA